AUGCUUUUUUUUAUAAAUUAUAUAUUAUAUAAUAAUAUUAUAAAAUAUACUAAUACUGUUAUGAAUUUUCAAUAUUAUUUAACAAAAAAAAACAUUUAUAUACGUAUAUUUUUUAUCUUUUUGGCGAUAUCAUUUUUCUGGUAUAUGUAUAUCGCAAAAAAUAAGCAAACAUCUGAAUACAUUAUAUUACAUGGAAAAAAUAACCGAUGUUUACAACAACAGGAGUCUUUACUUCUUCAAUUACAACUAAUGCAAGAAUAUAAGUCAAAGAUAGAAAUAGAAUUCAAAAAUAUUAAAGAACAGACAUCAAGAGAACUCAAUAAAGUGAUGACGCAAUUAAAAAAAGCAUCUGAUGAACGGGAUAAUUAUAGGAAUAAAUAUUUGUUAUGUAAUAAGAGUGAGAAAUUAACUGAAAUGUCAAAUAAAAGUACAAUACAAGAAAAUUUAAAUGCGAAAAUAAACAGUUUGAAAGAAAAAAUUAUUAAUUAUGAAGAAAACAAAAAUAAAAAUAACAAACAAUUAGAUAUAAUAAAUGGCACUUUAUCACAAACACAGAAACAGCUUGAUAAAUGUAUAACAGAUCUUAAUUUAUCACUACAACAAUAUAAUAUGUUAAAGGUAAUUUUUUUUUUAUUAUUUAAUAUUUUUUAUAUUUCUUAUUCAAAUCUAUUUAACUCUACUUGCUUUUUUUGUCCCAAUAAUUGUUCUGUAUAA